CAACAGAAGCCGGCCACCUCAUCUCGUUACCAUCUCAGAAAAUACCUUUCGCCAUUUUGCGCUCCUUCCUUUCCUCCUUCACCUUUUCCUCUUCGUCGCCUUCUUUCCCCUCCGCUCCUCCCCUACCCAGCCUCUGCUCCAGCGCCACCAUGCUGGCUCCUACCGCCUACUAGCGCUACUGUGUCGGUUCCUCGCCCCGCCUUCCCCCAUCCCGCCAUGGUUGGGGUCGCCGGCCGGAAGCCCCCUCGCCGCGGCUUGAUUGAUUGGCUCCGCGUUUUAAUUCCGGGGUUUUUAAGUUGCCAGAGGCAUUUACCAUAUUGUGAGGGAACCUUGGUGAUUCUGAUCCAAGAAGGGGAAAAGGGGAUUUAGAGACCUACAUGAUGCCUGGCUUUGGUACUAAUUCAUACAUGAGUCCCGCAUCUCUACCUGCUAGAGUUGACUACAGCACAAGUAAUGGCUUUUCGGCUGAAUACAUAUAUGACCCAGGUCUUUCUUAUCCAGCUACAAAUGGAUAUGCUUACUAUGCAGGAUUUGAGCCACCUGUUGGAUGGAGUGAAAACACUAAUUUUUGGGGGGUAGAUGGUCAAUAUCUUCAACUGCCGAAUGACAAUCUUUCUUAUGUAUAUUGCACACCUGGCUAUGGAUUUUCUUUUUCUCCCCAAGAUCAGUACACCUAUAUGCCUGGGAUGUUUAUGGGGGUUGAUGGCUCAGCUGUAGGAAGUCAACAGUAUUUUGUUAGUCCAUAUCAGCCUCCUGACUCGCUAGCUGGUUACUACCCAAUAUUCAUCCAGCCCACCACAGAUUUGAGCUCAACUGCUUCCUUCGAGCCUCCUGUAUUCAGUACUGGCACAUCUGUUGCUAGUAGGCCUACUAAUACUAGCAUAAAAGAUAGACAUCAAAUCUCUGGAAAUACAUCAGCUUCUCAGACUGUCCCUUCUGGAAGUCCAGCUGAUGGGUUUUUCCAUCAUGCCUACCAGAAUAAAAGCACAAAUAAGCCUUGUGAUCUGGCAGGUGCUAAUGCGACCCGGCGUGACAAGCCUUUGACCUCACAUUUGACAAAUCCAGUGGAUGCUUCAUCAACUGACAAGAAUCUUCAGGUCACUUCAGGUCCAUCGAGCUCUGGGGAUAGGGGACCAAGAACAGUCAGGCCAGAAGUUGCGUCAGUGGAUACCACAACCAAAGCAGUGUCAAGAAGUACAGUGGAAAACAUUGUAAUACAUCCUGACCAAUAUAACAAGGUUGACUUCCCUUCAGAUCAUCCAGAUGCCAAGUUUUUUGUCAUCAAAUCUUACAGUGAGGAUGACGUGCAUAAAAGCAUCAAAUAUAAUGUGUGGUCCAGCACACCCAAUGGCAACAGGAGGCUGGAUGCUGCCUACUCAAAAGCACAAGGAAGAAGCCCAUGGAAGUGUCUGAUAUUUCUCUUUUUUUCGGUUAAUACAAGUGGGCAGUUUUGUGGUGUUGCUGAAAUGGUUGGCCCUGUGGAUUUUCACAAAGACAUGGAUUUCUGGCAGCAAGAUAAGUGGUCUGGGAGCUUCCCAGUGAAGUGGCAUCUCGUAAAGGAUGUGCCAAAUUCCACUUUUCGACACAUCAUAUUAGAGAACAACGAGAACAAGCCUGUCACCAACAGCCGAGAUACACAAGAGAUACCUUAUAAGUCGGGAAUAAACAUGCUGGCGCUAUUUAAGAGCAGUCCAAUGACGACAUCGAUUCUUGAUGAUUUCCCAUUUUAUGAAGGUAGGCAGAAAGCAAUGCUAGAGCAGAAACGCAGACACUUGGGUAGAAAUUUCAAUGGUCUUAAUUAUGUUCCAGCAUUUGUUGCUGAAAAGAGUGUUGUUGUGGAGGGUGGACCUUCUGAAGUAGGUAAAGGCCAAUUUAGCAACAAAUAUCCACAUUCAGGGAAAACUGGACAAGAUAGUGGUGCUUGUGAGCAAGCAGGCAAGACGAGCCAAAUGAAAGAUGGAGUGGCAAGGGCUACCCAAGUACUCAGAAGGGAGGGAGUAACAGUUGUUGAGGAACCUGAGCAUGUAAAAACAGAAUGUCAUAGUUUAGAUGCCAGAGAUCAUCAACAGACCGAGCACUGUUCCAGUUCUGCAUCACCAGAAAAUGUUGGAAAGAAACCUGCUAUCUUUAGCGAGCAAGUUAAAUCUAAUGGAAAAGGCUGUAAUGGCCGUAAAACCCAUCCUGUGAUAAACUCAUCCGAGCCCAAUUGUUCAUCUUGCCAAAAAGGUCCUUCUCAAGAAUUUGGUGGUCAUGUGACAUCAGAUUGUAUGAAAGAUCGUAUGAAAGAUGGUGCGUCUGGGAUAGCUGGGGAUAUAAAGUCUGCAAAAUUGCUCAAGAAACCAGAGGGCUUGUCAACUAAUCAAGUGGACAGGCAAGCGAAAGGCAUUGUUAAUGAGACGAAAGGAAUUACUCCUACUGACGUUGUAAAGGUUGGCUCAGUACACAUCAAGCUAAAUGUGGCCGGGUACUCGUCAUCAGAGGUUAUAGGUGAUGGAAUUGGUUCCCUCGAGCCAAGGGGAGAAGAACAUACCGAGCAGGCUAUCUCAACAAAAGUGAGUUAAGUGGAAUCUUUGUAACGAUCUGCAACUAAUUUUUUUUUCCUGUGUCAGUUUAACAUCUAUUUGUUGUGUCGGUUCAGUUUACCUGCGUUUUCUGGCUACCAUUGGGUUCUCAUCUUGACGACUGACAGCCUAACAUCCAGGUUACUUGGGGUUUGUGUAUAGGGCAUUUCUCUUCAUUUUUGUUACAUAAUCUCCAACAAGUCAUAGAGGUGGGGGAAAUGUUUUCUGUUUGUUGGAUUAAAUUUAGCAUCAUUGUGAUGGUUUGCAGUGCAAUGCAGUAGCAUUUUCAUGCCCCGACUGUUGGAGAUUAUCACCACCAGACUUGUGUUUUUUUGGAUUAUGCACUUGGCAUUGUUAUGGUGUGGAAAAUGCCCUUUGUUUAUUGUGAUGGUGUUCUUGGUGACGAUUGGAUUAUGCAUGUGGCAUCAUUGGGUGAAA